GAUUUGCAGCUAACUUCACUUCAAAAAGUUGCUCAACCACGUGUGGUGUUUAUAAGUGUGAAACUCGUGUUAUGAAUUAAAGAAAAUGGGUAAAUUUAGAUCAAAACUAAAAGGGAAAUCGAAAGGAAAGAGAUGGCAGAAGGGACAGUCGUCAAACUCCAACCCAAAAAUACAGAAAUACCGGGAUAUGGCGAAAUCCCGGUUUUUUCAGGAAAAUCUAGGAAGCACCGGUUUAACUCAGCAAGCUGUUUCAAAACACGAUGCCAUGAUGACUUAUGGUCAUGCAUCUUUGAAGAAGAAGUCUGAUGCAGAAAACGAGUUGCUUAUAGCUAAGGAGCUAGAGAACAUGUCUAUGAAGAGUGGAGAUGAAGGUUCAGAGACAGAAUAUUCAGAGUCAUUUAAAUCUGGCACUUAUAAGACAUUUCAGACAUUUGCCUCUGACUGGAGCCAAUGUUCUAAUGUUAGUUUUAGCAAAUUGCUGACAAGAUUUGACUCAAACAAUGGACUGCACAAGGAGAUGUUGGCAGUGUUAGCUGCAGUGACAGAAGUCAUCAAAGAACAAGGAGGCAAGGAAUCCACCACUGAGUACUUUGCAGCUCUGAUGGAGACCCUAAAAACAUCAGAAUUGGAAGAGAACGCUGUGGCAGCACUGACAUUAGUAUCUAUGGGUAUCAAGAAUGUACCUCCAGCAGUUUUGAGGAAGUAUUUCUCAAUGUCAGCAAAAAUAUUCGUGGACAUCUUGGAGAAGGAUGAAUUGGUUCAGAAUGGGACAAUGUUGCGGAGUGCUAUAGGAUGCCUCUCUGUGUUGCUGAGGGCGCAGGAGUAUGCUCUCUGGGGUGAUUCGUCCACCAUGAGGGUCUUCGAGUCUUUACUUGCGUUUGCAUUGCAUUCUAAACCUAAGGUACGUAAAGCUGCCCAGCAUGCGGUGACGUCAGUACUACGCGGCAGCUGUUUCAUGAUCCCGUCUGAUGACCAGAAAGUUAAGGUACCAAAACUCCACCCGGGAUCGAACCGCGUAGCCGAGUUCUGUUUGUCUCAGAUCAAGGCUGAAGCUCUGUUGGCCGGACAUCGAAUUGUGUUACAUACACUGACGAUGCUUAGAGACGUUCUACCUGUAUUUAGCAAGGAUUAUAUCAAGUCAAUAUGUGAGGCGAUACUAUCCCUAAUGACACACAACAACGUGUACAUAAAAACGUGUUGUCUACACACACUACACGCGUUGUUCUCAAGCAGUAAAGAUACCAGUAACAUGACAGCGUCGCUAGCUGUACAACUGACGAGGGCAUUAAUGGCCGCCCGGCCCCCAGCCAAUGAUACAGGACAAGUACUGGCUUGGGCCGCUGUGUUGCAACAAGGAUAUUGCUGUUUGGCUAAUCUGGAUCUGAACCUGUGUAUGCCGAACUUACCAGCGUUCGUGAACAUCUGUGUCUCUGAGCUGUGGCUCUCUGACGUCGCUGACAUCAACUCCGCGUCCACAAACGCUUUAAAGGCUAUUAUACUGGACUGUGUGAAGUUAGCCCUGGAUUCCGACGAGACAUUUAUCAAACACAAGUCGCAUGUCGAAGCUAUCUUCAAGAGUAUCGGCACGGGACUCGACAAUCCAUUCAAUCAAGCUAUCCGCCACGUUGUGAUGACUAUAGCUGUUUGUUUCGAGAUCGGCAACGAAAAAGUAGCAAACUCACUGGGACCUCUAUUGAGAAAACUGAAUGACCGUCGCGAGAGUCACAACUUUGACAACGACAAGGAGGUUGAAUACGCUACUGGAUGCGCCAUCAAAUCUUUAGGCCCAGAAUUUGUCCUUCGCAUAAUACCUUUGAGAGAUGGACCAGAAAAUAUAAACUUAGAACGAAGCUGGCUCCUUCCCGUACUCAAAGAAAAGAUAACAAAUUCCAACCUCAAAUUCUUCGCAACAGAAAUUCUAGAAAUGGCAACGUUUUGUCGCAAAAGGUCUAGAGAGUUGACCCAAAUGAAGGAUGUCCCCGGUUCGCACACUUAUGAGUUGCUGUGCAAUCAAUUUUGGGCCUUAUUGCCCUCGUUUUGUAAUAGUCCGAAAGAUAUAAAAGAUAGUUUCAAAUCUAUAGCAAGGGUUUUAGGUAGCGUUUUGAAAGAUAACCCGGAGUUUAGGUUGUCAGUGAUGCAGGCUCUUAGGAAGCUUAUAACUUGUUCUGCCGAUAACGAAGAAGAUAAGCUAGAAUUGGGCAGGUUUGCGAAGAAUUAUUUGCCGAUUUUAUUGAACGUGUACAUGUCGCCCGCUAAGGGAAGUUACGCUGAAGGACACAGGCUGGCUGCUUUGGAAACUAUACAGGUAUACCUUACAAUAAGCGACCAAACACUACGCGAAGAACUGUUCACUAACGCCCUCCAACAGUUAGAAACGUCAAAAGAAAACCACUUCCAAAGGGAAGCGAUUCUAGACAUCAUAAGGACGUUAGUCCUAUAUCAAACUAGCGAGCGAAUAGCCAAACUAUUUGACGAAUGGGUAUAUCCACUGUGCGAAACAGUUUUGGAAGAUCCGAAAAAACAUAAAAAAGCCAAAAAAGAGAAUCAAAUGGACACAGAGAAUGGAGAGGGAGAAAAGAAGAGUGAAUUAAAAUAUAAAGAAAAAUCAAAACUUCUAGAAAUGGAACACAAGAAGGCUUAUAGGAUAUUAGAAGAGAUUUUCAAAAGUGACAAAGAGAGUUGCAAAGAGUUUUUGAAAGAGAAUUAUAAGAAGAUUAAGAAGUUGCUCAUGUCGUCCUUGAAUAAGGUCGCUGAUAGCAGUAAAGCUGCUAGAUUGAGAUGUAUAGAACACUUAAUAAAUACGACUCCGUUCUUGAACGCGGAGAGUAAGUUAUUGAAGAGCGCUAUAGCGGAAUCUGUGAUAUGUACCAAGGACAUCAAUAGCAAAUGUAGGCAGUGUGCCUUCAACCUUAUAAACAGUGUUGGAACCGUUCUGAAGUCGCAGGAAGGAGGCAUGCAAGCAUUCGUGAACAUGUUGACCUCGGGUCUCUCAGCGCCGCUCCCUCGAAUCGUCAGCGCUACACUCCGCGCCAUAGCGUCAGCAUUGUUUAACUUCUCAGAAGACAUGGGGCUGGAGACUGUCCAGGGUCUGCUGGAGACUGUGGUGGAACACAUGACCAAUAACAACAGGGAGAUAGUUGCUGCUUGCAUGAGUUUUUUGAAGGUGUACACAAAAGUACUACCAACAGAUGUCCUGGCGGGCAGUCUACCAGUUAUCUUCAAAUCCCUAUCUACCAUGCCAGAAGACUGCAAGAGGCACUCCCGGCUGGAGAUAGGAUACUUCUUAACAAAAAUGAUGAGGAAAUUCGGAGCUGAUACAGUGGAGAAACUAAUUCCACCGACUGAUGAGGUUAUGUUGAGAAGAUUGAGGAAUAUUCGCAAGAUGGAUAAUAGGAAGAAGAGACAGAAGGAGAAUCAGAAUGACCAGUCAGAUGAUUCAGACACGGAUAUGCCAAUCAAGGGCACAUCAAAAACUUUAGAGGACAUUCUCAAAGAUUCUGACUCCGAGAUGGAGUUCUUGGAUGAAGAGGAUGAUAAGCCGAGGCCCAAGGUCAAGAAGAUGACCAAGGCCAAGGGCAAAAACCAGGCCUGGAUCGAGGAUGACCCAGAUAAUAUUGUGGACUUGGCUGAUGUUUCAGCUUCUAGGAAGAUUACAGCAACGGACCCAUCACGUAAGCAGAAGGCAUCAGAAGUUAAAGCACAAAAGAAGAAGGAUGGUGGCUUCAAGACUGCGCCUGAUGGUAGACUGAUCAUCACUGAUGAUGCGUUCGAAAACGACGAUGAUGAUAAUGACACGCCACGACCGAGCGGGGAUAUUGACACAGACACUGAUGAUACUGACGCUGAAGAAGAAGACUCAAAACCCUCAAAACUACUCAAGCCUGGUGCCAAGCGCCGCUACGAUGAUAUCCUCAGCUUGAAGAGUGGCAAGUCAAGCAGGAGUCGCGCGUCCACCGUCACUGUUGGAUCCAAGUAUAAGGCGGGAGGCAAGGGUAUCCAUAGGCCGCUAGGAUCAGCAGCAUCAGUAGCGUCAGGUGCUGGAUCGGAAUACAGAGCUAAGAAGGCGAAGGGAGACGUGAAGAAACAGGGCAAACACGAUCCCUACGCGUAUCUACCGCUAUCCAGGAAGAAUUUGAAUAAGAGGAAAAAGGCACAGACAUCAAAACAGUUCAAAGGUGUUGUUAAAUCAAAAACGAAAUUGGGGAAGAAUAAGAAGAAAUGAAAGUGAAAUUAUUAUAGUCAAAUAAUUUUAUUUUUAUGGUCGAUUUAGUUCAUGUUGACAGUUCUUUUCAAAUGAUUUUAAUCUGUAUUCUAAAGUAUUUAAGCAUUAGAAUUACAUUGCAAUCUUCAUCCAGGCUUGAUUAUAAAAAUAAAUAUGUAUUUAAGACUUAAGUUUUACUAUUAAAUCGAACUGUGAACUAAAAUCCUAGAAUCUUAUUUUCAUAUUCUACGCGAAGUUUCAUUGCUUAAAAAUACUAUUAAAAAAGUAACAAAUAUUUAUACUCUGUGGUCGAACCUGUUUGGUUUAUGUUCGACAAUCUCACGUUAUGGACUUGUGUAAUGUUGAAACUUUAAAGUAUUUGUUAAUAAAUCAAUAUUAAAAAUAG